AUCAGUAUCAUCCUCCAAUCAUCCUCUUAUCUGACUGGGAGACGUUGCGAGCGCACACAGGGCGCACAGGGACCCGAAAUCCGUGCACACCAGGAGGGGAACCCCUCAGCUUGUGCAGCCUCAACAGAAACCCACGCUGCAGCCGCCACUUGUCAGAGCGCUGUCCCUCCACUGAGGUGCUGAACCGCAGGACUCGACCCUUCAACUGGUGACGCAGAGCUGAGACUAAUCCAAGAAGAGACUUUCACUCAAGAGACUGAGAAGAAAAAGCAGCAAACCUGUAUUAAAAUAUCCAUGUGUUGAUUUUGUAUGGAUGUGAAGCAGGUCAAGAACACAGAAGACAACCUGGAGCAGAAGUGAUGAAGGCUGGACUCCCCCCCGCCCUCGGCGUCACUCCGGCGGUCUGAGCCAAGCAGCGCGCUGCCGCUUCACACCGGAACCCAGCGGAGCCUCCGUAGAGGAGGAGAGUGACAGAGGCUUUCCAUCAGUGAGGUACGCUCCUCUUGCACGAGGAAAUUAGGGGAUAAAAAAAUAGCUAGGUUGCUCUCCUCGAAGGGCUCUUCAUGCAGCUGCGAAAAUGGGCUGUAUCAGCUCCAAAACGCCAGUUGGUGAAUGUUGAUGACACCGGUGAAAUGUUACCAAAAUCAAGAAGAGCUCUAACUAUUCAAGAGAUUGCUGCGUUAGCGCGAUCCUCCCUGCACGGUAUUUCCCAGGUAGUGAAGGACCAUGUGACGAAGCCGACAGCCAUGGCUCAGGGCAGAGUGGCGCAUCUCAUAGAGUGGAAAGGCUGGUGUAAGCCAAUCGACACUCCAGCAGCCCUGGAGUCAGACUUCAACUCUUACUCCGACCUCACAGAGGGAGAACAGGAGGCUCGCUUUGCUGCUGGAGUGGCAGAGCAGUUCGCCAUAGCGGAGGCUAAGCUAAGGGCCUGGUCCUCUGUGGACGGCGAUGAGUCCAACGAUGACUCAUAUGACGAGGACUUUCUGCCUGCCAACGAGCCCGCCACACAGAGCACAGACGUGCCAUCGUACCCUCCCUACUUGAAGGACCUGAUCCACAGCCAGCUUUGCCAGCACCUGGGCCUGCGAGGACAAUGCUGUGAUGGUGGCGGAGGAGAGGGAGGUGGCAGCGGCGAGCCCUCACCCACAGCACGCUCCCCGGACACCCUGUGCUCCAGCCUCUGCAGCCUGGACGAGCACCACCCGCUACUGCGCGACCUGCGCGGACAUCGCGCCUCGCAAUCCCACAGCAACGCCGCAGAGCUUGCAGCCAAGAUCCUCUCAGCGCUGCAUGGAGGGGAGGAGCUUCUGCUGGCCCGACUUCAGAGGGUGGGCCAGAGCGGGCCAGGCGGAGGGGACUGUGCCUUUCACAGCCUGGGCGGAGGAGGAGGACGGGGCAUCAGGCCCUGCAGGGGUCAGGACUCGCCUUGCUACUCCAUGUCUUACUCUGAGACGUACCUGUCGCCCGGCGAGGACGAUGACAGCCCCUGCAAGGACUAUGAGAGCACCGUGUGCCAGGUGGAGGCAGAGGGUAACGGAGAGUACCCACCCGAAUACGACCCACGCAGGAGGGUUUCUGACGUGGCCUCCUCUGGAGUUGUGUCUCUGGAUGAGGAGGAUGAAGAUGAAGAGGAGAGGGCAGCAGAGCCGAACAACCACUGACUCCUCUCAUCUCUUCUCAGUGUUUGAUCCCUCUCUCUGUGGGGGGAGGGGGGGGGACUCCUCCUCUCCAUCCUGUCUGAAAAGUUUGAACAUCCGCGCAUGUUGUUUUUGGACUGAAGCAUCCGUCUUUGCCUUACUUGCAGCAUUUCAGCCCCUCUCCACCUCCUAACUGCUUUGUCCUCAUUCUACCAGUUUUCUUUUAAGGCGUCAAAACAAUCUUUUUUAUCAGUGUGACAACAAGGGGGCGGGACUGGCUCUACAGCAGUCCAGGGACUUUCUCGUGGGUAUAGUUUUUGGCUCUGUCCCGACCUGGGAAGUAACUCUAAAAAUGGACGCCAUCAACAGGCAACAGAAUGACAGCAGAGUCCGAAACUCUGACUUAUCUUUGCAUGUUUUGCAAGUGCUGAAAUGAUGGGCUGACCCGGUCUUGAGCACGGUUUGUAAUCUCAGCUGUUCUGUAUAACCCCCCCUCGCCCACAACCCCAGUGUCUCCUCUGGGAGGGAGGGCUGACACUGCAUCCUGGGACCUGCCCUUACCUCCCCUCUCUUCUCUCCCUCCCUCCCCCAUCCUUUGCAAGAGACAAAAUAGCAUCCUUUUGGGCAUGGCUUGCUGAGUAUGCCAAACUAUUUAACCCUGUCACUACAAAUUAUGAGCAAAUGCUGGAAUGUCUUUAAAGUGACAGGACAUAGUAUGUAUUUUAAAAUAACAAAGUUAAAAAAAGACUUGUUACAGAUUAUAUGACAGAAAUGAUAUGCUUUUAUUGUACUAGUUUUCUAUCACUCAGACAUGUUGUUGUUCACAUUAUCCCAAACAUCAUUAUGAUGGACAUCUGCCAUAAUGAUGUACCAUAGGUACUGGAUAUUUUUAGAGGUUCUUUGGAUUCCUGCGUGGAAGACACGAGAACUUUGGUUGUCUUAAAAAAAUACACACACAGCAGCAGCAGCAGCAGAGACGACGACAACAACCACUGACAGAAUGUUCCUGAAGUGAUCCUUUGGCGAUUAGAGUUUGACAAAGAAGAGGCGCAGGUGGAACAGACUGAUUUUUUGGUGACGAGGAGAGGUGCAUCGGAGAUUUUCUAUAUUUUUGUAUGCGUUGUCUUGCUUUGAUCUCUUUGCCUAUGCGGCGUGCCAGUGUAUGUGGUUUUUUGCACGAAGCUAACGUGGCUGUAGAUUUCUCCUUUUCUUCGUUAUCACUGUGUGAUAUAGUUUACUGGGAAAAAAAUAACAAUACAAAAUGUGAACAAUUUUUAUUUUGGUUUUCAAAAGAGGAUACUGUGAUACGGUUUGUUAUUGCCAUACGUCAUGAUCCUCAUGAAGAGCUCUUAUUUUCCUUUUUUCAAAAUGCUCUUCUUUCUUUCCUCUCAUACUGAAUCCUAAAAAGCUUUGCCUUUUAAUCUAUUCUUUCCUUGUUUUCUAUGAUAUUUGGCAUGUUUAAGUGUGGCACAUGCAGAAACUCCCCCGUCUGCAUGGCGAUGUGAGGAGCUGUGUUGAGGUUCUCCCAGAGGGACCGUCAUUCAUACAACUCAGGAAACUCCAUUGGACAAGAGCAUCAGUGCAUCCCACUCACUCGCGUCACACCUCCGUCUCUCAUCUUCAGCGUGUGGGUUUGUGUGCAGUUUUAUGUGUCUGUGAGAGAGAGAGAGAGAGCGCCUGGUGUGUGCAGUUAUUUUCUACAAAUAAUUAAAGCACAGAUUCAGCCCCCACAUCUUUCUUUCAGUGUUUGAUCGUUCAGAAAAGCCUCAACGUGCGAGGCUGUAUGUUUGGUGCAAAUGUGUGUGUGGCUGUAUUGUAAGAUGUCAGCGAGCCUUUAAAGCUUGCAUUAUAAACUCAUUACAAACCCCUCCAAUGCA